AUGACCCACUGCAGUGACAAUGACGAGCAGAGUGAUGACGGAGCAGAAAAACCCAACAAGAGCCAGAAGAAGAGAAGUAAAGGAGAAAAGCAUGUGUCUUUCCCUCCCGAUGGGCAGAUGGUGUCCGGCUUUGCUGAGCACAGGGACACUGACAGAAAGGUUGACAGCUGCCUCACCUUGACAGAGGUAAUGGUGGCGUACCAGCAGAGCUGCAGCAGACACCAGGUCCAACCCAGAGAGCACAUCCUGCAGCAGCUCCAGCAGGGUGUGUGUGUAGGUGGCAGUGUGAAAUGUCUGGAUCUCAAAGGUGAGCGAUUAGACCACCGCUCCUGUGAAGCUCUGGAAGUCGUUCUGAAAUCGCUGCACUUUGAUUUCAUCAAUCUGCAGGCAGCCCAACUGGAAGGAAAUGGAGCAUCGUCCUUGCUGGAUAUGAUUUUGUACUAUGAAUCUACAACCCAUCUUGACAUUUCUGACAACAGCAGUAUGGGAACAUUGUGUUGGAGGGCCCUCGCUCAUUUGAUAAAGCAGAGUGUACGUCUGUGCAGGCUGGAUGUGUGUAAUGUGCCCAUGGUUGACUACCCGUCCCAGUCUCUAUCUAAAGCUCUGCUGACCAGCCGGCUCACAGUACUGCACCUUCACAAUGCCCAGCUCAGCGGCAUGCCACUCUACACACUGGUUGGUGCACUGAAGUCAAACAAGGCUUUGCAAGAACUCCACCUUACCAACAACCUGCUGAACAGCUACCAGGACGCCCUGCAGCUACGGGACCUGCUGCGCUACAACACCACUUUACACACACUGGAGCUCAGCAGAAAUGUUGUAGCAGAUGCUGGUUUGGAGGAGCUGUGUGAUGGUCUGAGGUGGCAGACGGCAGGUGUGAGGGUGCUACUGCUGAGGAACAAUCAGAUCACUGCAAAUGGCAUGGUCCAUCUGGCCAAGGCUCUGCCCGUGCUGAAGGUCCUGCAGGUCCUGGACUUGGGUGAGAACCUCCUGGGGAACGAGGGGAUCCAGGUGAUCAGGGAGCCUCUGAUGGUGAACUGCUCGCUGCUGCAGCUCGGCCUAGCCCAAGGCCACAUCACAUGUGAAGGUGCUGUGGCGUUGGCAGAGUUCCUUGCAGAGAGUCGUCAGAUUCAGCGGCUCGACCUCCGUCAGAAUGAGGUGAAAGUUGGAGGCCUGAUGGCCUUGUGUCUGGCCCUGAGGAUCAACCGUUCUCUUGCUAGCCUGGAUUUGGACCACAUCCCCCCACAGGAGCAGCUCCCUGUUCCAGUACUCCCUGUUGAGCUGCAGCAGUACCCUGUUUCUGUUCCCCCGACCAAUCUGCGGCAGACCCAUGAUCCUGCUGCCGAGCCACAACAGAACCCUGAUCCUGCAGAAGAGCUGAGGAAGACCCCUGAUCUUGGUGCCGGGCUGCGGCAGUUCCCAGUUCUCCCUGCUGAGCUGCGCCAGUACCCUAUUCCUGUUCCCCCUGCCGAGCUGCGGCAGAUCCCCGAUCCUGCUGCGGCAGAGCUUCUCCACCCUUUGUUACUGUAUCCUGGUCACCCUCCUGGUCAGAUAAAAGUUUUGGCCCAGCUCCUAAGCUGUUCCUCUGAGUUGCCCUGCUCCACCUCUACCCUGCCCCUAGACAAUCUGCCUGGGAAUCUUGCUCUGCUCCUGUCCAGUUACCCCUUUUUGGUUUCGUGGCCACUUUGA